AUGACUGUGUCACUGUGGCAAGCCAUCGUUGCCUGCAUUGCUUCCUCAAUUACAAUGCUUAUUGGGGUGCUUAUUUACCAAGAUCUGAAUAUAAGGUUUCGAAAGCAUCAGGACGCUCGCUUCUUUAACCAACCCGGUUUGUGUAACGUCCUGUACGUUAACUGCACCUCCCCCGCUAUCACUCUUUCCUCCACCAUGAUGAUGGGUGAAGUGAAAAUAUGGGAGGAUAUUAAUCCCACUCAUUUCUGCACCGUUCCAUCUCCGUUGCGCGUGCCGUGCUGGUGGUCAAAGGAAGGGGCGUUCUUGGGCUAUGUGCGAAUUGGGCCUAUGCCGCCAUCAGUGGGACAGUUACAAACGUUGUCCAUUGUUCUUAUAGCUGUAAGUUCGCUAUUUGUUUUUGUGAGUCUGGCGUAUCCCCACCUAAAUGAUGAAUGUAUUCCCAGAUGGUUGCGCUGGGGAAGACGUGAAGACGAUCCAAACAGACAACAGCGGCAGGAUGAUCAAGGGGGUACGCAGAUGGAUGUUUUGGUGUUGGAAGAAACCAGACUGACCGAGGUGUAUCCCAUGUCCGAUGAAAACUGGAAAGCGGAGGCGAUUGCCCGCACCCCGUAUGCCAAGAUGCGUCUUAAGGUUUUGGAGCGUUUUUUUAAUGCGCGACGGCGACACUUACAGCACAACGACGACUCUUCACAACCGUACGCCGGUCUUACCGGGUCAGACUCAGAGUUGGAGUGCGACGAUGAUGAUCUUCGUGUGGACGAAUGCUAUAUAUGUCUCUCUCGUUCCCGUCGACGGAUAAUCUGGUGGCCAUGCGGUCAUUGGCUCUGCGCAAGCUGUUUGCGUAAGGUUCUGCGGAAGACGUUUAAUCGCGGAUACGUCUGCUGUCCCAAUUGCCGCAGCCUAGUUUUACGGGAGGAUCUUCUUAUACUGCAUUUACUUCCCAGAGUGAUGAGUACUGCCGCAUAA